UUAGGCAUCCUAAUAUUAUCAUUUAAUUCAAAUCAAACCGCUGAAAACCACCAUCAUUACGUUAUUCCUUAGGCUUAAUUUGUGUUGUAAUUCUCAUUCUUGUUGUCAAAGUCGUGUCUAUCUGUAGUAGUGGUGUAUGGUGCUUCACAUCGUCAAAUGGAUAGACUUACCGACACAAUGUUUUCUGAAAAGGCACAAUUCCAAAAAUCAUUCAGCAUAUUAAAACCAGCCUGUGAUGCCUUCAUUACUGAACCCAAUGAUGUUAACUCCAAACUCUUAAAAAAUGCACUGGAAAUGGUUCCAGAGUAUACUCUAACGCAAUUACAGCCGUAUGUACUAAUCCCGUUGGAAAUUCAUUUAAAAGCCAACAAAUCAAAUUGUACGAUAAAUGUGUUGGAUGUGCUGACGACUCUGUUGAAAAAAACAUCUAUUAGUUUAUGGCCUACAUUUAUGAGAAUUUAUAAAAUGUUGGUCGAAAAGUUGUCUCAAGAAAAAAAACCAGAUAUAGCACUGAAUUUGAGUGAAGAUAUCAAAUUGUCAAUCAUUAUCGCUCUUAAGUUAUUGGUUGAAAAAGCUGAUAUUGCUGUAUUAAAUCAAAUGUAUAAUGAAGUUGAUUGCAAGCAUGUUGGAUAUUUGAUAUAUAUUUGUACAAUAGUUAUAAAAAAAGAAAAAAUGAAUAUUUUAAGAGUGGAAACCUUAAAAUGCAUUGAAAUACUAUUAUCGAUUUGGAAUAAAAACAUUGAUUCUAAUAUUUGUCUUAAAAUUAUUCAAAAGUUAAUUAAAUUUGUACCAGGUGUUUUAUCUGUUUGUAGUAUCAUAGUUAAUGCUACAGAUAUUCAGCAUCAUUCUAUUACAGUGGCUGCCUUAAAUUUAUGGAGCACAAUUACUUCUCUAAUAAUUUGUGAUGAACAUGUUAUUGAAGAUUGUAAUCCAUAUUUAGAAAAAUCACUUUGUAAUGAUAGAAACGAUGACAAAAAAAAAUUAAAUGAUUGGAUUCAAGAAAACCGUACAAAUUUUAAUCUAGUGGCCACACAUAUGACUAAAACAAGAGAGCACCAACACUGGAGAGUUAGACUUCAAUUAGUUAUUUCUUGUGAUGUGUUAUUGAGUAAAUGCACAAGUUCUAUGAAAUCUUCAAUCACAAGUUUAAUUGAAACAUUAAUUGUUUUAUCUGAUGAUGAACAGCCAGAAGUUGAAAAACUAGCUAAUGAGUCUGUUGAUAAAUUACAUAAAAUAUUUGAUGGACAAAAUGAGAAAUCUCUUUUAGAAUUAUUAGAGGAAAGUUUCUAUGUUUUAUUAUCUAGAAUCCCGCGGUUUAUUAGAAUAUCAAAUUAUAUUAAACAAAAAACUGAAUUAUCUUUAUUGUCCGGGUAUAUAAAACUUUUUGGAAAGGCUCAUUUAUCACGAGUACUCAAUUCAUAUGCUCAUCUAGAUCGUUUAACAACAGUUUUAAUUCAAAUAUUAGAACUGGAAUAUAAAACAAUUACCUUAUUGGAAGAGUCGUCAAUUAGAGAUUUAAAUUCCAUACAAACAUUUAAUGCUGAAAUGUCAAUAAAUGUACCUUGGAAACAAUUAAUACAUUUUAAUGAUACUUCAGCAUUAUAUAAGAUACAAUAUAUUUGUAAAUUUAUUGGGUCAUAUGGAGACUGUAAUUUUAUUGGUCGAUAUUUAAUGGAUUUAUUUGAAACAAAAACAAUGUAUCGAAGAGAGAUAACACUUUUAAUGAAUAUGAUUUUAUCGGAAAACAGUGGAGAAUGCCAUUAUAAUUUAGUGAGGGAUGUAAUAGAUCUGUACUUGGAAUGUGACGUUUGGUAUUUGCCUACCAGUAUUGAAAAUAAUUCAACAACAAAUAUAGCUGAUGCACAAAAAAAUGUAGUACAAAUUUGUCUUAUGACUGAAGGACUAUCUAAAUUAGUUUCAUCACUCCCUGUGGCUCAACAACACUUAUGUCUAAUUCAUUGUUUAUAUCCAAUACUAGAACGUGUUGGCUCAGAACAUGGCCCUAUUUCUUUAGCUGGUCAAGCAGCAAUAUCAUUACUUGCCUGCUCUGGUGGAUAUAGUGAUCCAAUUGAUCUUGUUGUAAAAAAUUCUGAUUAUUUAUCUCAUCACUUCACUAACAAAUUAUGGUCACUUAGUAAACACCCAGAAGUAUUAAAUGCUUUAAAAGUGGUGAUGAAUCUUAACAACAGUGAUGAUUUACUUCAAUCUUUCCACACAAUGGUUACUGAAGUUCUUGUUCAGAGUUGUGAUGUUCAUUGUACAGAAAACAUGCACUCGUUUAUGAAAGUGUUUCAUAUAUUUAUAAUGUGUAUGAGAAAACGGGAACAAAAUUGUACACCAAUAACUGAUAAUGUAGAUAAAUCAAAAUCUUCAAGUAACUGUGUAAUUGAAAAUAUUUUACAAUACCACAAAAUGAUGACUUUAGAUUCAGAAAAUAAUUUAGAAGAUGAAUUUUGGGAAAACAACUUCAAUAGCAACACACCUGAAAACAAUGAAAACAUUGAUGAAGAUGAUGAAGAUAACAAAAAACCAUUACCACCAUAUAUACAAAUGGUCCUCUCUAUAAUGAAACGUGUAUUGCAUUAUUUACCAUCAAAACAUAGUUCUCUUCCAUUACAAAUUCUUAAUGAAGGUUUAAACGUAAUAUCAAGCUAUGAAAAUCAGUUAUUGCCAAUGGUACAUAAAAUAUGGUCACCACUGUGUACUAAAUUCAAUAGCAGUACUGAUGAUUUAGUAUUUCGUGAAGCAUUUAACGUGUUGACCACAAUGGCAUCCACUGCUAAAGAUUUUAUUCGUUCCCGUUCACUCAAACAAGUUUUGCCAACUAUAAUAGAACGCUUGGCGAUUAGUGCAAAGGAAAGUAAAAAUGUUUUAAAAGGAAGUGUUUACUUUACAAGUCAUAAAUAUAAAAUGCAAUUUACUAUAUUGAGUGGUUUAGCAGAUUUUGUCUUAAAUUUAAAUUUUUUAGAGAAAGAUAUGUAUGAUGUGUUCAAUUCUGUUGUACAUUUUUUAGAAAAAGACCAGCCAAUUGAGUUACAGAACAAGUCUAAAGAGUUCUAUAGAAAACUGUAUGAAAAACAUUCUGAUUUUGUAUGGAUAUAUUUACAAUCAUUGUAUGUUGACGAACACGAAUACAAGUCUGACAAUAUACGACUUCCAACAAUUAAGGUUUACAGUUCAUCAAUAUUUAAUAAAUAUAACAUUUCAAAAAAUGUAUCAGAACUACUCGAACUUUUAAACAUAUAAUUAUGUUUUUAUUUACUGUUUUAAUAGAUAUAUUUUUCUUUUUUUUUUUAUAAUCUGUGAUAAAUGCUGUGUUCAAUUUUUACUCAACUCAUAUUGUAUACUAUUUUAGUAUUAUAAACAAUAUAUAAAGCAUU